UGGCCACCUCCAGCUGUUUGCGAGUACGGCCGAUACGUUGUUGUCUGGUUAACAGCCCUUGGUUGUUUUGUGACCAUAUAAAAUGGGCCUCACCUACAUUGCUAUGAAGCUUCCCUGUUUCUAGGGCUCCUCGUUUUCUCCUUUUUGAUUCUUCCUCUUUUCGUUUUUUAAUUUGUUCCUUCGUCUUCCUUUAGUUUUUGAGAGACAGAGAAGAGUGAGGAGCUAUGGAGGUGCUCAAGCCCAGUGCCGCCAGCACGAGCAGCGGCAGUAGCAACACCAGCAGCUGCGACAAGGAUCUCGAGGAGAGGAUCAAAGGUCCAUGGAGCCCGGAGGAGGAUGCCGCGCUCCAGCAGCUGGUGGAGCAGCAUGGCGCUCGCAACUGGUCUGUUAUAAGCAAGGGCAUUGCGGGGCGAUCGGGCAAGUCGUGCCGGCUGAGGUGGUGCAAUCAGCUCAGCCCGCAAGUGGAGCAUCGCCCCUUCACUGCUGCCGAGGACGCAGCCAUCGUCCGUGCGCACUUGUUGCACGGGAACAAGUGGGCAACCAUCGCGCGCUUGCUUCCGGGCCGCACGGACAAUGCCAUCAAGAAUCACUGGAACUCCACGCUGCGCCGGAGGGCGGCCACCAUGACGGUUGCUACUGCUGCUGCUGCUACUGGGGAGAGACACGACGACUCCCGUGCCAGCACCAAGCGCAGCUGCUGUGACAUGAUGAAUCACAGCGACGAGCCGGAGCAGGAUCUGCAAGAGGCAGUGACGAAGAAGAGCGAUGCUCGCAUUGGAAGUCCUCCCCCACUGUUCAAGCCGGCAUCAAAGCUUCCGAGCCCGCCUCUCGGCCAGGAAUCAGCAGCAGCGACGAUGGCGACUGUGAGAACAGAUCCGCCGACAUCUCUCAGCCUCUGUUUGCCCGGCUCCAUUGAAGAUACGACCACAGCGGCCAUCGCCAAGCGUGCCAUGGAAGAAGGAAGACAGAAAACCCCGGCAUCUUUCCUCUCGCUGGCUCAUGCAAUCCAGGAGAAGGAUCUGGCAUCACUGCCUAGAGGUGGCUACUUGAGAAUGGAAGAGGUAGUCGACCUCAUGGCUGCUGCCAUCAGAGCGGCGGUGUCUCUCUCCCUGGCACCCAUCCUUCGCCACGCCUCCCCGCCGAUGAGCGUGGAAGGUGAUGAUCGCAUGGGAUUGAUGCUGCGGGACAUGGUGUCGAGAGAAGUUAGCAGCUACAUGGCUGCGGCCGCUAGCUUCCCACCCAAGCAACCCUGAGAGACAGACCACCGGCGUAGCUUGUACUAGGCACUAUACCCUCUCCUGGUAAGUUAAUGAGAGUAUGAUGAUCGCGACUUGGAAA